AUGGCGGCGGCGGCGGCGGCGCUGGGGCGGCUGCGGGGCGCGGAAAAACAAUUGAAAAAUGAAGAGUUUGUAUUCAACGAGGAAACGGUGCAACAUCUGGAAGCUGCUAUUGAAGCUAUUAAGAAACUGGAGGAAAUAAGAAGACGCACCCAUGAACUUCUAGAAGAGGAGACCAUAAAAAACAGUAAUCUCCGUUUCAGAAUCCAGAACCUCCCAGACCUGAUUACCGAGGAGAUGACAGCUCUCGUUUCGGCUGCCCGUGAAGCCAACGCUGCUAAGAUCCAUCAAUUGCAGACUGCGCUGAAGGACGUCACACGUGAAACCGAACUGCUGGAUCAGAAGCAAACCCUUUAUGAAAGGGAGAAUGCCACCUUGUGUGAGGAGCAAGAGAAAUUGUGGGUCCGGCAUGAAGCAGCUGUAGACUUCAUGAACCAACAAAUGGCCAAGAGAGUUAACACAAAGAUUCUCUUAAGCGAGGUUUACAAGAAAACCAAAAAUGCAGAGCAAGAUAUAAUCAAGAAAAAGAAAGAUGUGCAAGAACUGAAGGAAGCCGUAGCUAGAGAGAGGACAUUUCUCCAGGAAGAAAAAGACGCAUGGGACAAAAAGAAGGCAGAGAUGAAAACAAAACUGGAUGCACAGAAGACAAAAUCGUUAUUGAAAAAAAGAGAAUAUGAACAUUUGCUUCCAAAACUGUUGGAUAUUCAGCAACAGAUAACCCACCAGGCAGCGGCCAUUCAGAAGGAGAACCGUGAGAUAGCACAGCUGAACGAAAAAAUCGAGCAAUUAACAUGGUUAUUAGAACAUAAAAGGCUGCGAGGCCUGGAACUCUCCAAAAGGAAAGAGGAUCUUGAUUCUGACCUGUUUGUCCUGCAAUCAAAAAUUAGCCAAGAAAGAGAAAGUUUAAAUAAUGAAAUAAAAAUGGCCGAGGAAAAAUUACACAAGACUGAAUGCAUGAAUAAAAAACUUAAAGAUGAUAAUGCAUCUAAAAAGAACCACUAUCAGUUAUUAAUGAAGGAAGAAGAACAUUUGCGUGCAAAGCUGGAUGGGGCAGCAAAAGAACUUGAAAACUUAGCAGCUUUGCUGGAUGCGAAGUUUGAGGCUGUGGCCAAGCGCCUGAUGGAUGAGAAAAGUUUGGAGGAGGAAAUCGAGAGACUUGAAGAUACCUUUGAGAACAUGCAAGAGAAUUUUGGAAGAGAAAUCGAGAAUCUGGAGUACAAUUUAAAGAGAGAGUGCGAGAUGAGAGCGCUGCUCGAGUGGAAACGCCUUCACCUGACAAAGCACAUGGAGUUCUUGGCGACAACAGACGAGAGUUUCCUCAAUGAAACCAAUGAGAAGCUUAAAGUUGGUAAAAAACGGCAGACUGAACUAAUUAUGAAGAACAAGAAAGCUGAAAAAGAGCUUAUGCGGACUGAAGAACGGAUCAAGAACCUGGGCGAGGUGUUAGAUAAAAAGGAAGCUGAAUACAAGGACUACAAAGAGAGAGAAAUUGAAAGCAUAAAAGUUCUGGAGGCUGAGUAUCUCUGA